GCGGAGGGAGAGGGCGGCCAUGGGGCUAGGAGCAAGCUCGGAGCAGCCGGCGGGCGGUGAGGGCUUCCACCUCCACGGGGUACAGGAGAACUCGCCGGCCCAGCAGGCGGGCCUGGAACCCUACUUUGACUUCAUCAUCACCAUCGGGCACUCAAGGCUGAACAAGGAGAAUGACACGCUGAAGGCCCUGUUGAAGGCCAAUGUGGAGAAGCCAGUGAAGCUGGAGGUCUUCAACAUGAAGACCAUGAAGGUGCGAGAGGUGGAGGUGACGCCCAGCAACAUGUGGGGCGGCCAGGGCCUGCUUGGAGCCAGCGUGCGCUUCUGCAGCUUCCGCAGGGCCAGUGAGCAUGUGUGGCAUGUGCUGGACGUGGAACCCGCCUCUCCUGCCGCCUUGGCCGGCCUGCGCCCUUACACAGACUACGUAGUUGGCUCUGACCAGAUUCUCCAGGAGUCGGAAGACUUCUUCACACUCAUUGAGUCCCAUGAGGGGAAGCCCCUGAAGCUCAUGGUGUAUAACUCUGAGUCCGACUCCUGCCGGGAGGUGACUGUGACGCCCAAUGCAGCCUGGGGUGGAGAGGGCAGCCUGGGGUGUGGAAUUGGCUAUGGGUACCUGCACCGGAUCCCCACGCAGCCCUCCAGCCAGCACAAGAAGCCACUGGGCGCCUCGCCGCCUGGCAGUCCGUCAUCUGAGACCCCACAACAUAACACCUGGCCUCUUGGUGCCCCACCAUCGUGGCCCGUCCCUCAUGACCCUCCUGGCCCAGAGUUGGGGUCCAGGCAAAGUGACUAUGUGGAGGCCCUGCCCCAAGUUCCUGGCAGCUUUUUGGAGGGACAGCUCCUUAGGCCUGGGAGUCCCACCCAUGGCGCUGCUGACCAUGGGGGAUACCCACAUCCCAUGGAGAUCCCACUCCAGCCUCCGCCUCCAGUGCAGCGGGUCAUGGACCCAGGCUUCCUGGAUGUGUCAGGAAUGUCCCUCCUGGACAGCAGCAACGGAAGCAUGUGCCCCAGCCUGUCACCUUCCACAGUGCUGACCUCCGCAGCCAUCUCAGCCUCAGGACCAGAGGAUGUCGGCUCCAGUAGCAGUUCUCAUGAGCGGGGUGGUGAAGCUACGUGGUCGGGGUCGGAGUUUGAGAUCUCGUUCCCAGACAGCCCAGGUGCCCAGGUCCAGGCGGACCACCUGCCCCAGCUCACUCUCCCCGACGGCCUCACCUCGGCAGCCUCACCGGAGGAAGGGCUAUCUGCGGAACUGUUGGAGGCACAGACUGAGGAGCCAGCAGAUACUGACAGCCUGGAUCGCAGAGCCGAGACUGAGGGGCUGGCCAGCCCAGCCCAGGUUGGCCCUGGUGCACAGCCUGGGCUGUGAGAAGGCUCCUGGUGACUUUUGGUGUUGCUUAGGUUUAGCUGUCUAGGCUGCAGCUCCCGGUGAGGCGUGGGCUUUGCUGGAAUCUUCCUAGGGUCCAGGCUUCACCUCAGAACAUCGUCCUGGACUGAAGGGGCAGGAGUGCCAGAGGAACAAUGAGCAGAGGAACAGUGAGCUUCUGUUGAGGCAGGAGACAGAAUCUGGGCAGUCAGUGAGGCACUGAAGCCUCACAGGAAGGCAGGGCCUGGUCAGGAUCAAGUGUGAAGAUGGGGUGAGGGGCAAGUGGGGGAAGGGAGGAGAGAGGCUGUGCCUGCAGGUAGCCCUGCCUGUACUGAGAAGGGUCCGAGUCCCAGUAUACUUGGCUGCUUUACUUCCAGGGUGGACAUUCUAGUCCAUUCACAGGGAUCCCCAGCCCUGUCCUGGGGAGGGGUUAUGCACCUCAGUUGUAUCCUGUAUCCCUCCUGUCAGCUCCCACGUGCAGAGGAGGCUCUGACAGAGAGUAGGCGGGUAAAGGCCUCUCCUGUUGGUCCUCAGCAUGAGGGGAGCUGUCCCUUUCAAGGCAAAGGCUGAGAGAUCAUCUGCAUGGCUGGCUCCCUACAGAUGGCGCCAGGCUGUCCCCCAGCUCCAGUCUCCAUGCUAAUUACUGUAAGCUGCCUUUGGUCUUGUGUUCCAGCCUCUGCCUGCCCCACCGUCCACAGACCCGUGUAACUCUAGGAAGCACAGGCCAAGCAGCAUGGCCGAACACAAGCCCCAUGGAUACACUUACAGCCAGGUGUGAGGCAUUCCAGGGCUACUGGUGAGUGCCACAGUGUGGGCAGUACCGUGGGUACUGUCACCUCAGGGCCACUCUGUGGCUGGGCCCUCUGACCCUGGCUGCCCUCACUGGGAAGUUCUGCUCCCUGAGACCCCAUAAGUGGGGCCAAGAUGGACACUGAUGCAGUUUCAAAGAACCCCCAGAUGUUUCUUUCCCUGUAAUCUGCCGUGAAGUGACAAGUGCGAAAAAAAAUAAAUGUGUAAGACACAGUGAAAUAUUUUAA